UCGGACAGUUUAAAAAAUUCACUUCACGGACCAGAGGAGGCAUUUAUUUAAUUUAUGCACGAAAUUAAAAUCCACGACAACGUGUUUGUUUUUGGUUAAUGGUCUAGAUAGUCACCACGUCUUCGCGGAAAUAAAACGAAGGCGGAAGUCGACGGAGUGACUCCUCUCACUCGUGUCUUGUGUGUCUGGUUGUCAGUCGCUGUGUCUGCGAGGAUGGUCGUACUGAAAGGAGUCCCCGCAAUUUUAUCUCCUGAACUGCUGUAUGCUCUGGCUAAAAUGGGCCACGGAGAUGAACUGGUGCUCGCUGAUGCAAACUUCCCAACAUCUUCCAUUUGUGCUGGUGGUCCACAAGAAAUAAGAGCUGAUGGUUUGGGAAUCCCGCAGCUUUUGGAGGCUAUUUUGAAGCUGCUCCCCUUGGAUACCUACGUCCCCAAUCUGGGUACAGUGAUGGAUCUGGUAGACAGUGACAAGCAGAAAGGAUUAGCUGUAUCCGUGUGGGGUAAAUACGAAGUGCUCCUGAGCCAGGCUGGACCACACUGGGAUGGAUCCCACGCUGUUCUCGAGAAGGUGGAAAGGUUUGCCUUCUAUGAACGUGCCAAGAAGGCGUUCGCUGUUGUGGCGACGGGGGAAACAGCUUUGUAUGGGAACCUGAUACUGAAGAAGGGGGUGAUUCCUCCUGAGCAGCCGAAGUGACAUUGACUCAUGUAGCCAGAUUUAUCAGAAUGUGAAAAAGGUUCGUUUUACAACCCCCGUCGCUUCCCAUUAAAUCGCUUUUGUUAUCACCAGAAACCACAGGAGCCUGAAAACGUUGAGACUGGCGCUCUGAUAUGGUUCAGUUUGUUCAGUGAUCUCAGUCACUAAUGUAAUUCCUUCCUGUUAACAUCAGUAUCCAGGUAUUAAACUGACUUUCAGUGUGGGUCAGUGUCCAACAAAAGCUGUGAAUUCAGAACAUGUUUUCAUAAUCUUCAAUUAAUAUAGAGCUGACAUGAUUUUGUAUUUUUGAAAAUAACUUACACAGUUGUUUCAAUAAAUAAUACACAACAAAA